CUAUAUAUGUGGGAAACAGUCUGACGUAUAAAUUUAACAGAAUUUAUUCUGAAACAUAAAUUAUUUGAUGAUGAACAAGAAGCUAUCGCCAGAAGAUGCAUUUUAUGAAAAUUUGACCCUUGGUCUGAUAAGGACCCUGUCCAAUGUGCCAAGGGUAUGUAAUGUGACGUUGGAGCGACGACAACCUCUGAAUGCCUGCCAGGUGGUUAAUUGGGAGCAGAGGCACUGCGUCUACCUCCCGGAAGAUAUGAAGAAGUUCUACCUAUCGUCGGAUGGAUUUAUCCUGAACUGGAGUUACCAGUAUGCUCCUAACGAUAUUAGGCGCGUGGGUCACAUCCACUUUCCCCACUUGCUCCAGGUGACUCUUCUGCGGGAGAACAUAGAAACAACAUCAAGCCACUCCAGCAAUUCGACGGCUCUGCCCAAUAGCAACUCGGAUGUUGUGGGAGCAACCGGCAGUUCACAAUCCCACAAUCCAGCUCCGAUUGCCACCGGAAAAGACAAGUGGGGCAAUGCCACGCCUAUUAUAACGGCCAAGUCAAAAAUAUUUGAGAUCAACAACGUUAACGAAGUGGCCAAGGUGUGUAUGUUGUACGAAUCCACGAGUUCCAACAAUCCCAAGUUCUAUCUGCUGGAGCUGAGCACCCUCAGCUGGCAGUUUUUGGCGGACACCUUUAGUGAAUACCUUCGAAUGGCCAUCGCGCACCUGGGAUUGCCGUACUGGGAGCUGUGCUUCUCCACCUGUGGCCUGCCCUCCUGGACAGAGCAGCUGUUUCUCCUCCUGGCACCUCAUCUCCUUGAGGAGCACGAGCCACGACGUGGACGAGUACUGAAUCCCGCCUGCGAGCAUCCGUACAACAUCAUCGAUCCGAACAUUUUCCGUGGUAAACCGAAAAGCGUGGCGAAAGCAACAGCUAGCAGUACCAAACAAAAUCAUAACAAGUGACUUUCU